AUGACCCUACCCACUGUUAGGGAUGGGGAGGCGUUCGCGGCCAAACAUAUGCCGGAUCUGGGACAAGAGGUGGACGAUUUCCAAGUGCAGACGUGGAAGAUUGAGAAUUGGAGUCAACAGGGCAAAAGGUUGCAGGGACCCGAGUUCAGCUGUGGUGGACACAAAUGGAGAAUACUCCUCUUCCCGCAAGGAAACGCCAACGGACAGCCGAACGACAUGGUCUCAGUCUACCUUGACUACGCCAACCCAAAGACGGCACCGGAAGGUUGGCACGCUUGCGCCCAAUUCGCCUUGGCAGUCUCCAAUCCCAACGACCCUAGUAUCUACACCGUCAGCCACGCUCAUCACCGUUUCGUUGCCGAGGAGUGCGAUUGGGGGUUCACUCGGUUCGCCGAUCUGAGAAAGCUGCACCUUCCCACCGAUGGCAGGGGUCGACCUACGAUUGACGGGGAUGAGGUCGAGGUGACGGCGUUCGUCAGGGUGCUCAAGGACCCUACCGGCGUGCUGUGGCACAACUUUGUCAAUUACGAUUCGAAAAAGGAGACGGGAUUCGUCGGUCUCAAGAACCAGGGUGCUACUUGCUACAUGAACUCCCUUCUUCAAUCGCUCUUCUGUACUCCCUACUUCCGAAGGGCUGUCUACCAGAUCCCUACCGAGAACGACACGCCGUCUGAAUCCCUGCCCCUCGCUCUUCAGCGAGUCUUCUACCACCUCCAGAGUUCGGAUCAGCCCGUAGGGACGACCGAGUUGACCAAGAGUUUCGGGUGGAAGAGCGCGGACGCUUUCAUGCAGCACGACGUGCAAGAGUUUAGCAGGAUUCUGCAGGAUAAAUUGGAAACAAAGAUGAAGGGAACUCCGGCGGAAGGCGCUAUCGCCAAGCUCUUCAUGGGAAGAAUGAAGAACUACAUCAAAUGUGUUGGCGUCGAUUACGAAUCAUCUAUGCUUGAGGACUUUUACGAUAUUCAACUCUCGGUCAAGGGUAUGCGAACGCUGCACGAUUCGUUCAAGGACUACGUGCAAGUCGAAACUCUCGAGGGAGAGAACAAGUACAUGGCGGAAGGAUAUGGAUUGCAGGACGCCAAGAAGGGGGUCAUCUUCGAACGAUUCCCUCCUGUCCUACAUUUGCAACUGCGUCGUUUCGAGUAUGACAUGGAGAAGGACGCGAUGUGCAAAAUCAACGACCGCCACGAGUUCCCUCUUGAGAUCGACCUCGCCGAGUUCUUGGAUCCCGAAUCCGAUGAACGCAAACAGAACCAGGUCUACAAGCUGCACGGUGUGCUCGUGCAUUCGGGGGAUCUGAACGGAGGCCAUUACUUCGCGUUGAUCAAGCCCGAGAAGGACGGGAGGUGGUUCAAGUACGAUGACGAUAGGGUCGUCCCUGUCACCGACAAGGAGGUCACCGAGGACAACUAUGGUGGUGAUAUGAACAACGGUUUGGUUGCUCCCAACCAGAGACAGCAGCCCAGGACGAUGAAGCGCUUCACCAACGCGUACAUGUUGGUUUACGUUCGGGACGAGGCUAUGGAUGACGUUUUGAAACCGUUCGGACCGGAUGAUACCCCUUCGCAUCUCAAGGCCCGCCUUGACAAGGAGCGAGCAGAGCGGGAAGCUAUCCGCCGAGAGAAGGACGAGCAGCAUCUGUACCUCACAGCAAAGAUCAUUACGGACGACACUUUCGGCAAGCAUCAAGGCUUUGACUUAGCUUCGUUCGACGAGAAGCAUAUUCCGCCUUCAGAACUGCCCAGCUUCAGAAUCUUGAAGUCGGAACCGUUUUCCAAAUUCAAGGAGAGGAUCGCUGAGCACUUCAAGUAUUCGUUGAACGAUUUCAAGCUCUGGGUCAUGGUAAACCGGCAGAAUAAGACUAUCCGUCCCGAUGUGCCUAUCUUGGAUAGCGAAGCCAAUCAGACCAUGGACCAGAUUCGAUCAACGAUGACGGCUCGGACUGCUGAUCUCCGUCUGUACCUCGAUUACAACCCUGAUCCCAGCAAGUGGGCUGUGGCUGUCGGCGAUGGAAGCAGUCCUCCCAUCAUGAUCUUUUUGAAGUGGUUCGACGUCCAGCGGCAAACUCUCUUGGGACAGGGCAAGGUCUUUGUCGGCAAGAACCAGAAGGUGGCUGAGCUGUGUCCCCUCAUUUGCGAACGGAUGGGCUGGGCACCGACAACGCCGCUGAAGCUUUACGAAGAAAUCAAAGCUGGCAUGAUCGAGCAGAUGAAGCUUCGGCAGACUUUCGUGACGAGCGAAAUUCAGGACGGAGACGUUAUCUGUUUCCAAGCCGAAAUCUCCGACAAGGAGCAACAAGAUUUCGAAGCCCAUCAGCUAUAUUCGCAGGUGCCACAGUUCUACGACUUCCUACAGAACCGUGUCCUUGUUAGCUUCAAGCCCAAAUUCGAGGAGGUCACGGAAACAAAUCCCGAAUUCGAGUUGAUCUUGAGCAAGAAAAACACUUACGAUGUCAUGGCGCAACGAGUUGGGGAUUACCUGAAGCACGACCCCCUCCGCCUGAGAUUCACCUCCGCCAACGCCAACAACCUUGGCCCGAAAGCCGUCAUCAAGAGGGCUCUCAAUCAGAGCGUCGGCGAUCUCACUCAGACCGGUUUCUAUGCUCACCAGCACGUGAACCUUGUCCUAUAUUAUGAGAAGCUGGACGUCAGCAUUAUCGAGCUCGAGACCAAGAAGUCGCUCAAGAUCACAUGGACAGGGUCGCACAACAAGGAAGAGUCCACUCAUCCAUUCUUGCUGCCCAAGACCAGCACCUUUUCGGAUGUUGCAGACGCGCUUGCGAAACUCGUGACACUAGACCCGCAAGGCAGCCGUAGGGUACGGAUAUUCGAGAUCGCGUCAAACGGACGGCAGCAGAAGGAAUGCACCUCGUCCGAGAUGAUCGCUAACUUGCGAGAACCGGCGGAGCUAUAUGCAGAGGAGAUUCCGCUUGAAGAGACCAACCUGACGGAUGAUGCCAAGGUCAUAGAUGUGUUCCAUUACCACCGAGAACCGACGCGGUACUUCGGCGUGCCCUUCCGAUUUGUUGUGAAGAAUGGCGAACGCUUCGAGGACACCAAGCUUAGACUUCAAGCUCGCCUCGGCAUCGCGGACAAAGAUUUUGCCAAGUUCCGAUUUGCUCUCAUGCAAUCGCACCAUUACAAACAGCCAUCGCCCUUGACCGACGAUGAUGUGCUUUUCGACCAUAAAUUCAUGGGACAGGACGCAUUGGGCCUGGACCACAUGGACAAGGGACCAAGAAAACCCAACCCAACGGAACGGGCGAUCGUCAUCCGAUGA